GAGUCACUGAAUGAAUCGUUUAAACUAGGUGAUUCAAAAGAACCGAGUCACUUGGAUGAAUCAAAAUCCCAACCACUAGAAUGGAGAGGGUCAGGAAGAUCGGUGGGUGGGGUUAACCCUUUGUGGAAAAAAAAAUUAAGGAACCACGUGUUCCCCGACCAAAGGAGACCCGCUUUGUACAGAGAGCGCUAGAAGCAGCCAGCGAGGCAGAGCGAGUAAUGCGAUAGUCCAGGCUGCGAUGGGGAAAUAAGCCACGACAUUCUUCUCAAGGACAAACUUUUAUUUUUAAUGAUCGCUAUUCUCACGUCUCAUUGCGGUUUGUUUUUUUUCCUCCCCCUUUUUUGUUGUUUGUAUUUUUUGGGAGGGCACGCUCUCCUCUCAAAUUUGAUUCUGAAUCGACACUUUUUUGAGAACCCUUGGAAAUUAUGUACCGAUCGGCGCUGAUCCAACCGGCAAGAUGAUGAUUUUACCGAGGAGUGGGUUCGGUCGUGGUGCUGAUUCGGGGGUCUUGGUGUUGUUUUGGGUCUUGGGAAGCGUCCUAGCCAAGGAUACUGCCUUUGUGGAAGUUGUGCUUUUUGAAUCGAGCCCAAAUGGUGAUUAUACCACUUACACGACAGGUUUGCAAGGGCGCUUCUCCAGAGCCGGAGCCACUAUCAGCGCAGAGGGCGAUAUCGUGCAAAUGCACCCUUUGGGCCUGUGUAACAAUAACGAUGACGAGGACUUGUACGAAUACGGCUGGGUUGGGGUGGUCAAACUGGAGCAGCCCGAGUUGGACCCCAGCUGCCUUACUGUACUGGGCAAGGCGAAGAGAGCUGUUCAGAGAGGGGCCACUGCUGUUAUCUUUGACGUCUCAGAAAAUCCAGAUGCCAUCGACCAACUGAACCAGGUUUCAGAGGACCCUUUAAAGAGGCCAGUGGUGUAUGUCAAAGGAGCUGAUGCGGUUAAACUGAUGAACAUAGUCAAUAAGCAAAAAGUUGCACGAGCCAGAAUCCAACAUCGACCACCAAGACCCACAGAGUAUUUUGACAUGGGAAUCUUCCUGGCCUUCUUUGUUGUGGUGUCUCUGGUCUGCCUCAUCCUCCUCAUCAAGAUAAAGCUCAAGCAAAGACGCAGCCAGAGCUCCAUGAACCGGAUGGCCAUUCAGGCCCUGGAGAAGAUGGAAACACGCAAGUUCAAGGCUAAGAUCAAGGGUCAGCGUGAGGCCAGCUGUGGAGCAUCAGACUCAGUGAGCAGUAGUUCCACAUCAGACUGUGCCAUAUGCCUUGAGAAAUACAUCGAUGGCGAGGAGUUGAGAGUGAUCCCUUGCGCUCACCGAUUCCACAAGAAAUGUGUGGACCCUUGGCUACUUCAGCACCACACUUGUCCACACUGCAGGCACAAUAUUAUUGAACAAAAAAAGGGAAACCCAGGCUCUGUUUGUCUUGAUCCGGGAAACCCAGUCCACAGCCGCCAGCAGAGAGUCGUCCUCCCUGUUCAUUAUCCAGGAAGGGUGCACAGAGCUGGGCAAGUGACGGCCUUCCCUACUCGGACCAGCAUGGACCCCCAUGGAAACCCCAUCACUGUUCUAACAGUGGACCAACACCCUGAGCAAGGCAUCUAUCCUCCACAAUCUUCCUUUAUACGGGGUUACCCUGCCCUCCACUUGGAGCACACGCUAAACCCGCACCAUUGCGGCCUGGAGCACCAUGCUUAUCCGCAAACCCAUACUUUCAAACGCCCCAAAUUCCACGGACGAAAUUUUUCUCGUGCCGCCUGCUAUUCCCAAUACGAGACCAUGUACCAGCACUACUAUUUUCAGGGCUUGACCUUUCCGCAACCUGAAGGUCAGCAAGGUAACGGACUCCACAAAGGUCACAGUCGACCCUUCCAGCCAGGACUUUUGUAUCCUACUGUGGUGCACAUGGCACCGGCUUCCUCUUCCAGACUGGGCGACUCCGGAAGCUCCUCGGGACUUGGUUGUUAUCACGGGCAUCGCUCUGUGUGUAGCGGUUACCUUGCGGACUGUCCCGGAAGCGACAGCAGCAGCAGCUCGGGCCAGUGCCACUGCUCCUCCAGCGACUCCAUGUUGGAUUGUACGGAAGUCAGCAACCAGGGAGUAUAUGGGAGCUGCUCGACCUUCCGGAGUUCGCUAAGCAGCGAUUACGAUCCCUAUGUGUACCGCAGUAAGAGUCCGUGUCGGGGUUCGGCCGGGGAGGCUGGGACGUCGUUUGCUGCCACCCCUCAAACUGAUGAUACUUUGGCCCCGGUAUCAAGUAUGAAGGACUGCCUACAACCUCCGAUUGGAGCGUGUUACGGUUCUGGGGAUCAGUUGUCCAACUGCAGCCUGGAGCCCAACUGUAGUAGCCACUCUUCAGUGGAAACCAGGGAACUUACUAGCACUACCUCAGCUGGGCCCCUAGAGGGCGCUGUGGCAGAAAGGAGCCACAGCUUUGUGAAGCCUUGUGGAGAGCAAGGGGUAGCUUGCAACUGCUGUUUCGAGGUACCCAAAUUAAACUUAGAGUGUAAAGGUAAGGAAGCAGAUGACCGGGGACACUGCAGGUGGGCCACGGAGUCUUCCCCACCAAACUUUUAUAGCGUUAGCACCGAGCAGCUACCGUCUCCGGAUCACGUUAGCUACGACGGACUGCCAUGCUGCUUCUACACAGAGAUGACUGUACACAGAGGAAGCCCUAGUCAUUACGCUGAAGAUUGUUCAGUUAAUGUACAGUACGCCCAGACGGACAGUGACGGCUGCAUGGGACAGGGUUGCUGUGAGUUAGCGCAGCGGAUACCCAUAAUUCCUGAGGAUACAGACUGUGAAUUAGGCUUGGGUCCAGAACCACAAACAAGUUUGCUCCCUCCUAGACUUCCUGUAGAGAGGAAGGAGAGAACUUCUGAGGAGCAUUGUGACUUGUUUUUCACCUCAGGACAAUGUAGAGGUCAAGUUGAAGAGGCAAGAGCACUGUUUCCCUCGCAGUGUAGCGGCACGUCUGAAACACAAGGGGGCGGCAAAGCAUCGUUUGACGGAUCAGGGCUCUGAUAGGAAGCCCUAACACAACACAAGCUCUUGAAAAUUUGUUGUUAAAAGUGUACUUACCAGAAAGGGUUUGAGUUUCAAAUUAAGAUUUUGUUUUUGUUUUUUUUCAGCGUUGAUCUUGUUCAUUCCUGUGGCCUUCAGAAUCUGUCACAUCAACUCAAUAUUUAUAGAAGGCGAAAGCACAAAGCUAUAUUUUCCUCAUGCAACUCAAACUCAGAAAUGUGAGUCAUACGGAGCAUCAUGAUAAUAUGCUUCUUUCUUGACUGGAUUAGGACCAGGGAAAAUGUCUGUAAAUGUGUAUGACUAACUUUCACGUUUUUAUGACAAUUUAGAUGAUGCCUGAGUUCCAUGUUAUUAGCUACGAUGAUUUGAAUGAUCCUUUUACACAUAUUUCAUUCAGAAUUGCAUGCAUGUGAGCAGUACGAAGUCAUACAGCAUGUACGUACAUCUCAGUCAACUAAAGGAUUUCAUUUAGAGAAAUAAAAACCAAAAUGGGAGACUGCAUCUCGAGGGAGUGCACAACAGGUGCUGAGGUAACUUCUCUGAAAACAUAACUAGGAAUAUCCCUCUUUCUCGUCACUUCUCAGGGCCUUUAUCUUGUUAGUACAGAAACAGACCAAUA